GGAGCUGCUCAGACGCGGCCCGGGCAGCCCCCCCUCCUCACGUACACCCUUCCAGAUCCACCUUAAAAGCGGGAGGCAAUUGUGAAGUCGCUGGCCAGCAAGUGGAGUAGGGACUGCAGAGGGAGAUAAAGGGAGGGCAGAGAGAGAGGCAGCAAAAGUUUUUUUUCCCCCCCCUGGGGACCCAGAAGCCCACGGACCCCCAAACCGCCUGGGAAGCCUGGAGAGACACCCAGACCAGAGAGAAAGGGAAAUUGAUACCACACCGGGAACUCCUUUCCUGCGCUCUCCCUUGCUUUCUCUCUGCCUACCCUAACCCUCCAGUCCCCAAACUCCCAGUCCCCUCUGGCCCUUCUGGGGAGAACAUGCUGUUCGUCACCGUCCUGCUGGAGGUGAUUUGGAUCCACGCUGCAGACGGCGGUCGUACUCUGCAAAUCUUUCCCUAGUGCUCCAGUCAGGCCGGUCGCCUUUGUGGCCGUCACUUCUGACCUCCUCUCAGCAGAGAUCCAAGGUCAACACUGGACCUAUGAGGGUGAGACGGAACUCCAGGGUCCUUCCUCCCGCUGCCCCUUUCACAAUGGGGCCUCCUCCCACAACCAUCGAAUUAUAGCAACCCUAUAGGACAGAAGCGAACCGCCCCCUCAGUGUUUCCAAGACUGUCAAAUUCUUCUGGAAGCACAUUCUCCAGGCUCUCUUCAGACUUGUCGGUUAGCAGCCCUUACCUGGGCCACUAGGCUUCUGGCACCUUCUUACCUGUGUAGAUGCAGGAAGACGUACAUCGUCUCGGGUGGGGAGAGGAUGGAAGUCUUUAGCUUCUCACCCUAAAUCUUUUCUUUCCCCGUCUCCCUGCAGGUGUUUUGCAUAUAAGGUUCCUAGACCUUGUUCUAGCCAUCAAACACCCCACUUCCUGAUUUGGCAGAAGAGCCAGUUAGAUCCCUAGCAGAUCCAUGUGGGAAGGAGGGAGCCAGAACAGAAAGGAAACUGAAGGGGGAAAGGAACCCUGAGCUGAGCUUCCGGUUCCCCCCCUGGCUCUCUCUCUCCUAAUCAAUUACACCCCCAAACCUGCACACUGAAUUGGGACAGAGCUUUGAGGUCAGGGGUAAAAAAGUGGCUGGCAGGCUGUUUGUGACCCUGGGGGAGGUGGAGCUCAGUUCCUUUGCCCUUUGAACCUUUGAUCAAUGACUCAAUCCAACUCCAUAGCCAAGGUGAGGCCCAGUGUGAGAGCAAGAAGUGAAUAAUGGAAAGCCAGGCUAUCUGAAUCCCAUGGUCAUUUGGAGGGGACCCCAGGAGACCCUGUCUCUCAAGGAUCAUGUUAUUUGAUCUGUUUCCUCACCCCUACUCUCCAAUCCCAACUCUCAGGGCACACAGGCUUUCUAUCCAUCCCCUCCUCACCUCAUUCAGCUCUCUUAUCCUUAAACUACAGGCCCACAUGGUCAGGACGACUGGCCAGCCUCCUACCCCGAGUGUGGAGGCAAUGCCCAGUCCCCCAUCGACAUCCAGACAGACGCUGCGACUUUUAACCCCGAGCUGCCGGCUCUGCAGCCUCAUGGAUAUGAGCAGCCUGGUACUGAACCUCUGGAUCUGCACAACAAUGGCCACACAGCUCUCUCUACCCCCGAGCCUGUACCUGGAAGGAUUUCCCCGAAGAUAUGUGACUGCCCAACUCCACUUGCACUGGGGUCAGCAAGGAUCCCCAGGGGGGUCAGAGCAUCAGAUCAACAGUGAAGCCACAGCUGCAGAGCUCCACAUUGUACAUUAUGAUUCUGAUUCCUAUGCUACCUUAAGUGAGGCUGCUGACAAACCCCAUGGCCUGGCUGUCCUGGGCAUCUUAAUCGAGGUGGGUGAGACCAAGAAUUCAGCUUAUGAACACAUUCUGAGUCAUUUGCAUGAAAUCAGGCACAAAGAUCAGAAGACCUCAGUGCCUCCCUUCAACCUGAGGGAGCUGCUUCCCCCACAGAUGGGGCAGUUCUUCCGGUACAAUGGCUCACUUACCACGCCCCCUUGCUACCAGAGUGUGCUCUGGACAGUCUUCAAUCAAAGGGUCCAGAUUUCCAGGGACCAGCUGAAAAAGCUUCAAGAGACAUUGUUCUCUACUGAGGAUCCCUCAGAGCUCCUGGCGCAGAACCACAGAGCGCCCCAGCCACUCAACCAGCGAAAGGUCUUGGCUUCUUUCAUUCAAGAGGGCACCGCUGAAUUUACUACAGGUGAAAUGCUGGGUCUAGGUGUGGGAAUCUUGGUUGGCUGUCUCUGCCUUUUGCUGGCUGUUUAUCUCAUCGCUAGAAAGAUUCGGAAGAAGAGACUGAGAAACCAGAAGAGUGUGGUCUUUACUUCAGCACGUGCCGCCACUGAGGCAUAGACUCCCUCUCAGCAUCUAGGAUGUCUUCUUGUGAUGCCUAUCAGGGAACUUCUAAAGCCCGGUGCAAGGGACUGAUCGUCAAUACUAUAGGCAGAAGUAGGCAGAAGGCCCUCCUUGCUCGGGACAACUCCUACCAAGAGGCAUGGCCCCAGCCCCUGUCAGUGAAGAAGACACCCUCUCAAAAUGUUGUCAGUGCAGCAGGCACACUGCUUAGUUGUAGGGGAAUAACAAAACCCUUUGACUUCUGUCCCCACCGAUACUGCAGGGCCUCUCCUCUUAGGAUGGUGGUUUUCUAUAAUUAGGAUUGUUUGGUUUGGGGUGGGUGGGUGUUGGCAGUAUAUUUGGAAAUAAAAAUGACAGACC